AUGCUGCUCUCGCUGCCAAUCGUGGCGCCGUCGGCCUUGGCGCCUCAGACGCUGGAGACGAUUCCUGGCUCAGCGGCCGCCACGCCUCCGGCGCGGUCUCUCCAACCCACCCCGGUGCAAGAAACGUGCGAAGCCGGGCCGUCCCGAUUGACGCCCAUGCUCUCUCGGCGCGCAUCCCUCGUCUUGACUCAGCCGCAGUCCUAUUUCUCCCUCCCUCCUCGCACGUCAUACUCGCCCUCCCCAUCACCCGCGACCACACCAUGGGAACGGGAUCGCCCUCGUCCGCCCAUGCUCGACAUACCCCUCGGCACGCCCGAAGACCCCAUCUUCUCCAACUACCCCAGUACCGUGCCAAGCCGGAGCUCAUCUAUCAAGGGCAAAGGUCGCGCCGUACCCCUCGGUUCAGCAUUUCAGUUCCAGCUGGCAGAGCCAAUCGGAGCUCGGCGGCGGCACAAGCGGACGGAAGAAGAGCAGGAGGUGGUCGACGAGUCGUCCGAGUCGAGCCAAGCGGACAGGUCGUCCUGGUGGAAGCGGAAAACAAAGGGUCGACGACGCGCAGCGACGGUCAGCCAUAGCCCGCCGGACCCGGCCUCGCCAACAUCGCCACCAGUACCCCCUCGGAACCCGCUCCGCGCUAUCGCACGUUCGGCGUCGUACAAUCGCAGAAGAGCGUCGGUCGGGUCGGCACCGUACGGGCUGGAUCUGCAGGGGCUGGCGGAUGUCCCGUCCUGGCCCACGAUGGCGCAGGAGGAGGCAAGAAGAAGUAUGCCCGAGCCAGAGGAACCCUUUGCGUAUCCCCAGCCGGUCCGGACUCCAAGCUCGACCAUGAGCCGUUCGCCUACUUCGCCAAACAUCACCCCUAGGCGGUCAUCUCUCAUCAGCGGGACCACCCUCCAGGCUUAUAGCCAGAGUACGCUGGGUCUCGGUGGAUCACUCCACAUGUCGCCCAAAUCCCCUCUUUUAGGGCUGUCUGGUAUGGCAAAAGGCCCAUCUACUCCUGGAUCUCCCGUUCAUGGGGACGACGCAAUCCCUCACCAUAUCCCUCCUCGGCGCUCCUCGCUCAGCUUUGGCCCUGACGUCGUCAUCGACCUCAAAGCCAUGUCGCCCAUAUCCAUCGCGAGUCUGCCGUCUCCGCGAGGUGAGGGCGGGACCUCUGUCCUCUCGGCUUCGUUUUCAACGGAAGAGUCUGGCUCGGCCCAAUUCUUCUCGCCCAGCUCGUCGGACCCGCACCCGCUCUCAUCCGCAACCACCUCGCUGUCUCGGAGCGCCAAAAGCGGAAAAGACAAUACGGACGGGGAGGACGCGGCGAGGGAUGCUGCGCUCAACGCGCUCAAGCUGCAACGGAGCCUGGAGUGGGAGGCGAAGCAGACGCGUCACCGCCGGAAGCUCGAGAAGCGGCGCAUGAUCCUGCUGGAGCUGGUUGAGACGGAGGUGACGUAUGUGGAGGAUCUGAAGGCUUUGGUAGAGGUGUAUCUGCCUCAGCUACACGCUUUGCCAUCGGUACCGGAACGGACGGCUUUGGCGGUGGGGCGGAACGCAGCGGAGCUCUUGACUAUCCAUUCAGCGCUGAGUGUGCGGAUGGUCGAGGUGUUGAAGGAAGAGGGAGUGGGAUAUGAGAUGCUGCCUGAGGAGGAUCUGGCUGGGAAGGUGGAGAGGGUUUCUAGGCGGCUCGCUGCCGCUCUGGACGACUGCUCUUCCUCCUUUGCGGCAUACAAGGACUUUUGCGCUGGCUCAGUCAUCGCUUCCACGCUCGUCCGCAACAUCUCCCUCCGGACCGACUACAAUGCCUUUGAGCGGCGGUGCCAGUACAUCUCGUCCCAUCGGCCUAGCCUUCGUCUCCAAGACCUACUGGACGACUCGCUCUCCACUCCCAGCUCGACCAAUAAGAGCCGCCUUCACUUCCGGGACUACCUCAUCAUGCCUAUCCAGCGGGUGUGUCGGUACCCCCUCCUCCUGGCCGCUCUGCUCGGUGCGGCGGACACGCCCACGCCCUUAUCCGAGCGAGGCUCAUUCCUUGAUCCGGCGGCGGAUGGCGAGUUUGACGUUGGGGUGGAUAUCGAGCGCGCCCUGGGCGCCAUGCGGGGCGUUGCGGAAGAGGCGGAUGAUGCGCGCCGACAGAAAGAGUCGGAGAUCAAGACGGCGACUGUACUGGCUCGACUGGAAGCGCAUCAGGUCAUCACGCCUACGUUCGUUCACUCGCUCGGACCCUGUCGACUCAUCGGGAGUCUGGACGUCCUACACCAUCAUCCCACACUGGCUCCACUCUUACCGCCCGUCAAGGUCAAAUACCUCGCGGCGUUCCUGUAUCGGGGGUAUCUGGUCCUGGCCAAGGUCAAGAAGGGAAAGGUGUACGAGGCGAAGCACUUUUUGCCCCUCGAGGUGUUUGAGAUGAUUGAUAUCGCCGAGGGCUAUCUACCCCACUCUAUCCGCUUAUCACUCCGAGAGCACAGCUUUGAUCUCGCUGCGUCGUGCGAGGCGGAGAAGGAGGUCUGGGCGGCUGCGCUCGUUUCUGCACGAGAAGAGAGCGUAGUCCCGCCUUUCGAGCUACCCGCUAGCGUAUCCCCAUUCGCAGCUCGGACUCGGCGGAUGUCCAAUGUCGGUCCUUCACUCGACAUGUCCCCCAUCGGCGGCGAGACGCCCAAUAAGCGGCAUACCCUCAAUAUCCUCCCCAGCCUAACGCCAUCGGACUCGGGCGAGAUGUUGGAUACGCCCGACUCGCUCGCCGGCUUUGGCUUUGGAAGUCCUUCCAAAAAGUCCAUUCCCUUUGCCAGUCAACCAACAAUUCUCCUCCGCCGCGCCGCACCUAAUCAGCGGCUCACGGUCGACCGCGGACUCCUGGAUGUUUUUUCGGAGAGCUGCGCGCAGGCUCGAAGCAAGGCGCAAAUGCAGCACGCCCUCUUCCUCCCGGAUCCCAAUCAGGACAUGCGGGACAAGCUCGCCAUGGGCGAUUCGACCAUGCUCAGGCGACGUCGAUCCUUCCUCGACCCGUCUCGGCAGCAUCGGCGCGCAACCUCCAGCGUCGACAUAGCCUUCUCGGGCGAGGUCAAGGGGAGCGUCAUCCCCAUCCGGCCGUCCAAAUCGUACGCUGGUACGUCCCGCACAACACCGGGCCGUCCAAGAGGCGCAAGCCUCACUGACUCUGCUAAAGCAGAGGAGUCGGCGACCGAGAUGGAAUUGGAUGGGGCGGACGAUACCGCCACGUCGGACUUUGGGACUCUGCGCGGCGGGUACAGGACGAGAGGGAGCAACACCCGCGCCACUUCUUCCCCGGUCAUCACGCCUCUCAAGUCUACG